CACCGUCACUUUCAGAGACUGGAUCGGCCGGCCCCCUCUCUCAUCUCUUUGGCCUCACACUUGUCAGGCUACACCAACCUCUUUCCUCAACAGUUGCCAUUGGAACCCAGGCCGCGUCUUGAGAUUCCUUCUUCCGCUUCUUGGUCCUCUCUAUGCGCAUCCCGAACCUCUGCCUUACAUCGUACAUAGCCGAUCAGCGUUGCCAGCUUCACCACAACAUCCAUGACGGCCCCUCUCAACGGCCCAUCGGGCACCACCAAGGAUGCCGCCUCCGCAAGGAAGCGUAGGAGACGAGCCCCCGCCGGAGGAGCCGCCGAUGACUGCUUCACCUGUAGCAAGAGGAACAUCAAGUGCGACAGGAGGAGGCCGUAUUGCUCGCAAUGCCUCGAGAUCGGGAACGAGUGCUCUGGCUAUAAAACCCAGCUGACCUGGGGUGUUGGCGUGGCGAGCAGGGGGAAACUCCGCGGCCUUUCGCUCCCGAUAGCAAAGGCUCCUCCCGUGAACCCCGUCAAGAAAUCCCCGACAAGACCACGAGCUGGCUCCAACGCACCCCCCGUCCAGUGGAACGAGCAAGAUGAGCGGGUCGGCCGCGAAGAUAUCGACACGCCGUCAGAGCAUCCGCCUCCGGUUCCCCCUUCCCCCUACCCCGGCUAUGACUUCUCGCAUAUCUCAUCGCCAGAGCACACCCCGGCGUUAUCAUCACAAACAACCUGGGACCCAAUCUCCUUUUCCAGCAGUUUGCCAGCCAGCAGCGAACACCAUCGGUAUCAAAGCCGCCCGGUGCACCUAUCCGUACCCGGGACAGGAGAGAUGCUCCCUCCUUCCAUUGACUCCAUGAGCGACGUGGACUACAUGUCACCCCUCGCCCAUUCGUUUUCUCGGGAUGACAUGCCUUAUUUGCACAGCCCGGCACUCAUGUACGACGGUUUCCAAGGGCACGGAUCGCCAAUUCCCCAGAGUCCAGUCGCCGCCAUCAUGAUUGAGUCUUCAAGGGCGCCAACCUCGUGUCCGAGUCUCGUCUAUACUCCCUCAGAGCCCAGUUCAAGCCUACAUUCACACGUGGACAGCUAUGAUGCCCAACUCAGCCACAAGUUGAUGCAAGACUGCGAUUCUCUGGUUCCCGGCACCCCGGACCUUGAUUUAUACAGUAACCAGUCCCACGGUCCUUUCUGGGCACCCUCCAUCCCCGAAGAGGAGUCGGCCGCACAAAGCAUGGCGAAGCAUAGCCCCUCGCAGUGGCCCUCGACCUUUCAGACGCAGACCCUGUCUGUGACGCCGGAUCUCAUAGCCAAGAUGCCCUUCUUCAUGGAUUAUUACGAACAUACCAUGUGCCCCUCGAUGGUCCUAAUUGACAGCUGUAACAACCCUUUCCGAGAUCAAAUUCUCCAUCUCGCCGCCGGCAGCAGGAGUUUGCAACACGCCAUCUGCGCGCUUGCGGCUUGCAACCUGCGGAUGAAGAGGAGGCUGAGCCUCGGGCAGCAUGGACGGGAAAUCGGCGAGAAGCGGUUGGACGCUAGUAUAUCAGACUCGAUGUCCGAUGCGCCACCCGAGGACCAGUCGCUAUCGGAAGAGUACCAGCACCGCAACCUUGCAGUUCACCUGCUGAAUGAGCAGCUGAACGACGGGGAGAAGUCUAGGCAUGAUUCGGUGCUUGCCACCAUUCUUCUAUUAUGUCAUUAUCGGAUGGCCGAGUCCGGCAUUGCAAAGUUUCACACUCAGUUCGCGGGUGUAAAGAAGAUUCUGAGCCUCCGGAGGUCAUCGCCCUUUCCGCCUUCGCGAGACUCGGCCUGGAUGGAGGCAAUCUUCACCUAUUUCGAUGCCAUCACGGCAAGCAUCAAUGAUCGGGAGGCCCAGCUUAGCCCGUCAUCAUACGCCGUUGUGCCGGACGCGCCGUUGCUCCCGCCAGGCGCCGAGAACCUGGUCGGAUGUGAUCAGGAGCUCUUUAAAACCAUCUUCAAAUUGGGUCGCCUGAACUUGCUCUCCCAGCACCGACCCGUGCAGAACCUCUUGAGCAGCACCCUUACUCGCGGCGCGCCUUCUCGCUCGCAAUCACCGCUCGAUUUACCCCUGGGCCACACUUACAAAUCCAACCCCCAACAGCAUACGGCUCACCUCCGCGCCCACCCUCACGGCUUCCCGCAGCACCCGAGCCGCUACGAUGGCAAUGGCUUUGGCACGACACUCGACGACGAGGAGAUGUUCUCGGCGGUGUCCAUGCACUCGCCCAACCCCUUCGACGACCACCGCAGCACCUUUUGGCGCGAGUGGAAAGACGCUCGGAUAGCCCUGCAGAGCUGGGAGUUUGACUCACAGCGUGUGGUGGCAGGGCUGUCGCCGGGCAACUCAGCUUCGUCGGCAGUCUCUCCCACCAGCACGACAGGGCCAUCUCCAACUCAGGCACCGCGACCUCCGACGCCCGGUCAGGUUCGCGACCUGGGUUCCCUAUCCGAGGCUUUCCGGUAUGCCGCUCUGCUGUACACGGAGCGACUGGCUAGCCCGAAUGUCCCGAGUGGCCACAGCAAUUUCCGGAACCUGGUUAGCCAGGUAGUCUACUACGCAACGAGCCUCGAGUGUGGAUCUAAUGCAGAGAAGUUCCUGCUGUGGCCGCUGUUCGUAGCGGGCUCCGAGUGCGUCAACGAACUGCAACAGAGCAUUGUCCGCUCCAAGUGCCGCGAGAUCAUGGCUCGCAGCGGAUACAUGAAUAACCUCGCCGCUCUCGAGAUCCUCGAGCGUCUCUGGGCAGGCGACUCAAAGGAGGACGGUGCUGGAUCCAAGAUGACGGGGAUGAUGAGGCGUGGGCCGUUCAACUGGACCAAGUACAUCGGCGGGCUAGGCGUGGAAGUGGAGUGGAUUAUGUUCUAAGGGGAGGAGGGGAGGGAGAGGGUGGAGGGAAAGGAUUCAAGUGUGCUCUCCUUAGACACGCUUAUGAUGGGACGAGGUCCGC